UAGCCGCAGCCAAUCGAUUCAUUCAUCGUAUGUAUGAAUGGACGGAUGGAUGGGACACGUACACAGACAUGGUGCUGGUCCACUCACUCGCUCACGGCACGGAUAGAUGGAUGGAUGGAUGGUCUCACACACUCACUCAUUGGCGCACAUGUCAGCCGACCACACGGGGAAAAAUAGCCAGCCAAGGCAUUCAUUCAUCCACGUAUCACUCCGUCAUACAGACAGGCCAAAAUCUGUCGUUUGUCUGUUUAAACUGACCCUGAUCCUCCUGUGUGCUGUCUUCUCUCUCUGUGGUGUUGCUGUUGCUGGCUCGUUCGCUGAUCUGAUCGAUUCCUUCCUAUUCUCUGUCUGCCUUGCUCUUAUGCCCUUACUAUGCCGUUGCUCUCGUUGUACCUCUCUGUGUGUUGUGUCUAUGUUGUGGUUGACGACUUGUUGCCUAUCUAGCCGACCGAUAGAUAGAAAUGCCGAAAAAGAUGAGCGCAUGCAGUGCAGCCAGACGAAUGAACGACAAGACACGGCACGGCACAGCACGGCACAACAUCACACUAGACAUGGCAGCCAGACUAGCAGCCACCCAGAAACAAGCGACUGACCGAGACGGACCAGUCAGUCAGGUUCUCACCACGAAUUCACUCAUUGUGAGUGAAUUCACUGCUGCACCACCUCCCCUCCCUCUCCGCCCUGGUCGUCCUCGCGGGCUGGCUCGUCGAGCUGGAGGGGCACGUCAAUCUCGCCCUCCUCGCCGCUCUGGAACUUGUACUGGGGAAGGGGAGGCAACACACAACACACGGGUGCCAGAGGGGUGGAGACACGACAGCUGUGUGGUCGGCCCACCUUGAUGAUUGACUUGCGCGCAGUGGGGAGCGGCUGGUAAUCCACGUGGACCGUGCGGCCCUCAGCCAGCUCCUACACCAUGACCCCACACGAGGCAGUCACCACUGUCACGCAUGUCGGCAGAGGCAGGUGUGCCACUUACCUUCUUGAUCUUCUCAACCAUGUCGUGGGCCUCUUCGGAAUCGAAAAUGUCAACCUGCACACACGGAACACCAGAGACACGGACCAUCCAGGUGGGAGGGGGAAGCCGGCUGACUGACUGACUGACCUCCUCGAGUUCGGCGAUGGCCUUGAUGUCGGAUAUCCAGCGGGAGUCUUUGACGGACUUCUUGCGGCCCUGCACCACACCCCCACUGUUGUUGGCCGUCGUUGGCUCCGUCACCAGGGCGGGCUGCACCUUCUCCGCUUUGCCAAUCUGAAUUUCACCCUCCUUGGCCACCGGGGGGCAGCAGCAGUUGAAGGACGAGCACUUGUUUCCCAUGGCUGAUACGCCUGUCGAUGGAUGUCACGAGAAAGCAGUGAGAAAGCUGG